AUGAGCGACAAAGACGGUGCAGUCGUGCACCUGGAGCACCAAGCAGGCCGUGGCCUCUCUGCUGAGGAUGCAGAGUUCUUGUCAAAUUUUUCGGAUGAAGCGAAAAAGACAGUCCUUAGAAAGAUAAGGCUUGUUCCUAUGCUUGCUCUGUUGUACUUGGUAGCAUACAUCGAUAAGACAAACAUUGGAAAUGCCAAGAUCGAGGGCCUUCUUCCAAGUUUACACAUGGACGGUGUACAAUACAACAUUGCCUUGUCCAUCUUUUUCGUACCCUACGUCCUUGCUGGUACGCAAGUCUUUUGUGAAACCCAUGAAUAUCUACUGACAGCUGGCUUUCUGCCAGGUGCCGUGCUGGUGAUUUCGAAAUGGUAUCUCCCAGGUGAGACGCAGACCCGUAUCGCUAUUCUGUAUACAUCUGCCGCCUCUGGCGGUGCUUUCUCAGGCCUGCUGGCAUUUGGGCUCGCCAAAAUGGACGGUGCGGGAGGCUACGAAGGCUGGCGCUGGAUUUUUAUCAUAGAGGGUAUUGCAACCGUUGUCAUGGCCGUUGCUUGCUAUUUCCUCCUUCUAGACUCGCCAUCCUUGUCGCCAAGUUGGAUUACUACAGACGAGAUCCGAUAUCUUGAAGUGCGUCAAAUAGCCGCCAAUAAUCACGGUGGUCAUCACGAAGGCUUCGACAAGCGGCUCAUCUUGAGCGUCCUUCUCGAUUGGAAGAUGUAUUUCCUCAUCUUUGCCAGUUGGUCCAAUGCUGUUCCCAACUACGCACUCAAGUUCAGCAUGCCUGAGAUCAUCAAAACUAUGGGCUACGAAUCAGCCAACGCCCAGCUCCUCACUAUUCCUCCAUAUGCCAUCGGCGCUUUUUCAGCUUACGGAUUUUCCGUGUUCGCCGAUCGCUUCUCAUGGAGAAUGCCCUUCAUCUUGGCACCCCAAUGCUCACUUAUCGUCGCGUUCGGAAUAUUAUUUUCCAAGGCCGGUGACAUCGAGAAUAAUAUGGGGCUGUGCUACUUCGGCGUUUGUCUCGCUUGCUUCGGAAUGUAUCCCAUUCUCCCCGGUGUCAACGCUUGGAAUGUUUGCAACAUUCCAAAUCCUCACAAGCGCGCCGUGGCCAUUGGUUAUCUUAUUUGCGCAGGUAAUGCGGGUGGGAUCAUUGGGAGCUUCAUUUACAAAGAUGAUGAGAAGCCGCGAUAUCCCACUGGUUAUGGUACUUCACUUGCAUUCGCUUCUGCUGGAAUUGUGGCUUCUUUAUCCUUGGAAUUCUGUCUCUGGACUGCAAACAGGAGGAACGCUCGAAUGACUGCGGCUGAAAUUCAGGAGAAGUAUACCGAAGAGCAGCUUCUUGCGAUGGAAGAGAAGAGCCCUCUGUUCAAGUAUAGCCUGUGA